AUUCUACACAGACUUAACCAGCUUAUCUGCAUGUACAUAGGUGCUGGGAUGGUACGCCUCAACUUCUAAGGCGCAACUCCCAAGGUGUUUACGGUGUCCUAUCGGCAAUCCUAGGAAGAUUACCUUUGACGCUGGAAGAUUGCUUCUGGAUACAGUGUUUAUAGCUGGCGCGAAGGGGAGGUUAGAAUGUUACGGGCUGCCCAUUAUAAGCCGGAAGCCGUAGACCUUCCCACAGCCAGCAAAUCACCGCCUAAACAUCGACCAGGGGGCAUAUUGGACUUAGCUCUAACGGCUGCUGACAAGUAUGCUUUAAGCCUCCUGCCGGCUGCACUGAAAGGCACUGCCUUAACCGUCAGCGACGGAGUACCAGCAGCCGACUACCGUGCUGCACACCACCAUCCUACAAAUGGCAUUCCUCCACCUUUUAAGGUGCAGCGGGGGCCUGGCAACCCCAUGCUGCAAGCCAUGCCUGCACCUCUGCAGGGUCCAGCGCCGCAGCAACCGCCUGGGGAUCCUAGGCUAGCCACCAGCUGGGAUGCCAGCCUAAAGGAGAUAUUAGCCGCAUUGGAACCCGAUAACAGGACGCUGAAGCCAGCCAAGCUCCGUGAUCACAAAUACCCGAACCAGAACCAUGGCAUCCCUCCCACGGGAGCAACCGUUGGCCCGUCCGGGAGGCGGGAACUGGACGACGCCUUUAUGUCCUUGCCUGGGGGAACACGGCGAGCGAAGGGCACAAUGCCAUCUUACACCGCUUCUCCACUUAAAGCGCUCAGCAGGCAAAGCAGACGGCCGGAGGUUCAGGGAGUGGACGUGCAGUACGACUUGGUGCCCAGCGUCAAGCUUGCAUGGGUGAACCCCGGCACUGGCGCGUACAGCACGACGGGUUUCGGUGGGAGCCCGAAGAAGUACACAAGCCAGCUAGUCGGUCGCGUGAGCCCUCAUUACUCAGGGAUAACCACGCAGCAGGCGCAAGUCGGCCAGGAGAUGCUGCACCUACCUGACAUCGUUGCCAGCAACGGCUACUCGCAGCAGACAGGCCACACCCAAAUGCACGCCAGCCAUGCCGGCCCACGAGGGCCGCCCGGCUUUCCAACAUGGCCGCAUACCGCAGGGUUCAUGACCCCAUCCAACCAGAACGCGCAUCCGCGCAGGGCCUUGCCGUACGUUUCAGCCAACGCACCCUCUCUGGCCAAGCCACUCACAGUCCAGUACCACCCUGUGCUCAGAUCCGCCUCCGGUGUUAACGCAGCAAUCCAGGCUUCAUCACCUAGAGCUCCAACCGCACCGGCAGCUGACGCUGGCAUAUCGCCGCGACAAGCCCCUGACGAAGCAUACUCAGGAGCCAGCGCGGGCCCUGGGGACAUGCCAUCACCUGGAUACAUCGUCCUAGUCAGCACGCCGCAGCGGUUGCCACAGACGCCACCGGAGGUGGCAGCAGAGGUUGCACGACUGCGGCAUGCACAAGAGCUGGAUGGGGUGAUCCGAGGAAUUCGUAGUGACCUAUUGCAGGUUGCGCCGAACAGAACGGAGCCUCCGCCAAAGUCCAAGUUCCUGCAAAUGUAUGAGGACCCCAACCGGCCGCUUGCGAAGCUCAAUCCGAAGCAACUGCUGGGCGAGAUGAUGCCGCCGGGUCAGGCACGCCGCAAGGACGCCCACCAAUCCGCUGGCGCUUCGGCGCCCAAGCAGCAAGGGGGCGCUGUCAGCCAAUCGCCGCUACCAUCGCCUGGAAACAGCGCAUCUGCGAACAGGUCGCCCAUGUACGACAGGCGGCUAAAGCCGCUGCCAGGCACCCCUCCGCGCGACAGCACUGGACAGCAAUGGGACCCUACCUCCAGCAGUUUGGAAGCUGGUCAACCAGCGGAGCAGCCCCCCUUGCAGAAUGUCCACCUUCGCCUGCCAGACAGCUUGGACGCAGAAGACAAUCAGGCGGCGGCGAAGCCACCGACGCAGGCCGAAGAAGCUGCUGCGGCUAGCAGCGGGCGAUCAACGCCGCUGUCAUCUCUGCUUGGGCACGAGGACACGACAGCAGUGGAGCCCGAGCUUCAGCCAGGCACUGGCUCUGGUGCAGAAGUUUGCGCCCCUGUUGAGGCGGCGGCGGCGGAACAGCAACCCGUAAAGCUGCCUGCUGAAGUGCCAGAAGCGGCGUCCGGUGCUGCCGCCGACGGUGUUGCGGUGCCUGUGUCAAUGGAGCCGCUUCCUCAGGCCACGGACUGUGCAACAGGAGAUAUCAUUACAGCGCAGGAUGUACAAUGUUCCACGGACGGCGGCCAGCAGGAGGUCGUUCAGCAGGCUGCCCAAGCAGAUAUUGGGCCGGCCGCUGCGGAGCCAUGUACUUUGCAGGAGGCAGAGCAGCAGGAUGUGCAGGCGCAAGCGCCGGACAAGGCGCCGGCCGAUGUAGCUGGAUCCGAGCAGGUAUCCACCGAGGCAGUGCAAGGACAGCAGUCUGACGUACUAGGGGCAGGUCUUGAAGGCGCUGAUCAAUCAACGAGCGUCGAUACGUGCCGGGCAGCGGACACCGACGCUGCGGGGGCAACGGAUUCUGAAACAAUGCCGGCGGGAGAGGCGGCAGGGGCAUGCAGUACUGCAGGAGAAGUUGCUGCAAGAGAUCCAGAACUGGCAGGAAAGCUGCAGCCAGCUUCUGCACCGGAGGAGGUUGCAGUCACUGCUGAAGGCGCCAGCGACAGGGGCUUAGAAGCUGUGGAGGCCGCAGCAUCGAGUUCCGAGCGCCUACAAUCCACCCCGGCUGCAGACCCUGCGGCUGCGGAAAUGGAGGCCACGGCCCCAACCACCUUACAAGAGCCGGUCGUUAGCGAGCCCAGCAGUGACCCCGCUGCUGCUAUCGCGCUGGAGCCAGCGGCGACUGCAGCCGGUAGUGAUGAAGCCGGACCUGAGCAGGCUGUUGAGCCCGCGCCCGGGCAAGCUGGCGAACCCGCACCUGAGCAGGCUGUUCAGCACGCACCGGAGGCGGCUGAUGAGGCCGGACCCGGGCCGGCUGUUGAGGCCGGACCUGAGCAGGCUGAGGUGCCCGGGCCUGAGUCAACUGAUGCGCCCAAGCCUGAGCUGCAGCCUGGAACGGACGCCACAGCAGCCGUUGGCAGUGCGGCAGCCACAAACUCUGUGCAAGCCGAUGUGGGUGCCGAGGAUCAGCCCGCUGGAGAAGCACUGCCUUCGGGGGCAGACAUCGCUGCCGACGCUGAGCAAGCCCGUGCCGAGGAAGCUGUGGCGGCCACGACGGAUGCAGCUUCAGAAGCCGUUGUUGGGCCCAGUGUUGACGAGGCGCCCUUGGCGGCAUCCGCUGAGGCCGAGGCUGAUGUAGCAGGCCUUCCAGCCACCGACGCGGACGCCGCCGCCCUACCGGAUGAUGGCAACGCUGUGCUUGCGGAGUCUUCGGGUGUUCCCCUUGCAGCCGAGGACGCCGCUGCUGCUCCUGCCGGGUCUGCUUAUACUCUACCUCCUGGGUUGACGCCGGAGGUGGCUGAUGCAGCAGUCGUGCGCAUUCAGACGCAUGCUCGCGGCCACCUGGCCCGCCGGCGAGUCGCUGAGCUGCGCAAGAGCCGUGAUGCUGCCCUGGCGGAAGCAGCACCAACCGUGUUUCUUGUAGCUGCCGAAGGGGAGGAGCCGUACAGCCUGCCACCUGGUGUGACCCCUGAAAUGGCCCGGACGGCGGUAAUACACAUCCAGUCCCAUGCACGCGGCUUCCUGGCCCGUCGCCAAGUCGCAGAGCUACGGAAGGGUCGUGAAGCUGCCCUGGCGGAAGCAGCGCCAGCCGUGUCUCUUGUAGCUGCCGAAGGGGAGGAGCCGUACAGCCUGCCACCUGGUGUGACCCCUGAAAUGGCCCGGACGGCGAUAAUACGCAUCCAGUCCCAUGCACGCGGCUUCCUGGCCCGUCGCCAAGUCGCAGAGCUACGGAAGGGUCGUGAAGCUGGUCAGGCGGCGCUAGCGGCAGCAGUCUCAGCCGCAACCUCAUCCCAGUCUACGGCCUACGGGCUGCCGCCUGGUAUGACGCCGGAGAUGGCGGAAGCUGCCGCCGUCCGCAUCCAGUCCCACGCUCGCGGCUACUUUGCUCGCCGACGAGUAGCGGCGCUCCGCAAAGGCCAGAGGUUUGUCGAACAGAUGCCGGCAGUUGAGCAAGCAGUGUCGGCUGCGGCGACGGGAGGCUACGAGCUUCCGCCAGGCGUUACACCCGAGGCGGCGGAGACAGCAGUUAUCCAUAUCCAGUCUCACAUGCGCGGACACCUCGCCCGACGGCGUGUACGGCAACUGCGCGCGGAUAAGUUGGCUCAGGCUCUGGAGGCUGGAGGUGCCGACGCUGAGCCCGAAGCCCUGGCCGACGUUGACACUUCGCUGCGGGAAGCAGAGGCAGCAGACGCAGCGGCAGCCCCAACUGAAGAGGCACCACAGCCAGCUACGGAACCGGAGGUUGAGCUGCUGCAGGAGUUGACCAUUGAUGCGCUGAAGGCAGCGCUCGAGGACGACGAGGACGAUGAUGUGACGGCGGCGGCAACCGAGGCGGCGGCAACCGAGGCGGCUGGUGAAACCGUUCCGUUGCAGGAGCCAGAACAAGAAGUGGCGCCUCCUCUUGACCUGUCUGACCCGGCGGCGGUGGCGGCGGCAGCUGCAGCUGCGGCCGCAGCGGCCAAGGCUGCAGCCAGGGAGCUGGGCAACGCCCCGUACGGCAGCGAUGCUGUUGCUGACACCACCGCUGCGGUGGACCAAGCAGCAGCGGAGGCUAGCAUGGCGCGCUUGGCGGCAAGUUCGGCGCGCACCUCUGCAAUGUUCCAGGGUGCUGGCGCGGAGAUGCGCUACAGCGAUGACGAGGCGUCUGCGCUGGAGUUGAUGGACAACCUAGAUGGCCUCCUUCAAGGCGACGACGAGGCUGCAGCUGCGGCCGCAGCCGUCGCAGCGGCAACGGCGCCCGCGGACGGCGAGAUGGUGUCCAUUUCCGCCGAUGGGGUUAGCGAGCCGCAGGCGCUGGGCACUAGCAGCGGCGCUGCUCCUGUUAACCCCAUGGACCUGCAGGAGCCGGGCGGCGUGCGGGUGCUGGCUGGAAAGUACGAGGUGCAGCAUGUGGUGGGCGAGGGAGCGUACGGCAUGGUGAUGAAGUGCAAGAUCCGCGGUACGGAUCCGGUUCAGUGGGUGGCCAUCAAGGAGUUCAAGAUUGACGACAACGACCCUGAUGCCGAAGAUGUCAAGCGUACGAGCUUGCGGGAGGUCGCGGUGCUGGAGGCGUUGUCACACCCUCACGUCGUGAGCUUUGUGGACAAGUUCAUGGUGGGUGACCGGCUCUUCAUCGUGAUGGAAUUCCUGCCGUGCAACCUGCUGGAGCUGCUGGAGGCUCAACCGGGCGGCAUGGACCGCGACGCCGUUCGCCUCAUCAUGUUCCAGCUAUGCUCGGCCAUCGCCUUCAUACACAGCAAGGGCAUGGUGUACCGCGACAUCAAGCCCGAGAACCUGCUGGUGGACGAGCACGGCACGGUAAAGCUCUGCGACUUCGGCUUUGCGCGCUACCUGCCGUCGGGCCCCAACCCCCACCUCACGGACUACGUGGCUACGAGGUGGUACCGUGCGCCCGAGCUGCUGCUGGGGCCGCCGUACCGGGAUUCCACGGGCAAGCACAUCCAGUACAUGUACGGGCCGCAAGUGGACAUGUGGGCCGUGGGCUGCCUGAUGGGCGAGCUGCUGGACGGUGAACCCCUGUUUGCUGGCGACUCGGACCUGGACCAGCUCUACCGCGUGCAGCAGAUCCUGGGCCCCAUGGCUCCCAGCCACCAGUACCUCUUCUACGCCAACCCGCACAACACCGGUAUCGUGUUCAACAUCAAGCAGCCGCUCACGCUGGCGGCGCGCUACCGCGGCAAGGUGUCCGAUGUGGAACUGGACUUCAUGUCUGGGCUGCUGGAGAUGGACCCCGAGAAACGCUUCACAGGGGAGCAGUGCCUGCAGCACCCGUACCUGUCGGAUUUGGCAGCGGCGGCGCAGACGCUGCCCACACCCUCAGAGUCGGCAACAGCCACGCCUACUGCUACGGUUACGGACUAUGCCGAGCCGGAAAGUAGGCUGCCGCAGGUGGCGCCGGCGAACGCAGCACCUGCGGAGCGAGGAGCGUCGUGGCGUGGCAGUGGGACGCCCAGCAGUCGAGGGCUUAUGGUGGCAGAGUCGUUUACACGGGCGGCAGGGUCGCUAACGGGCAGGAUGAGCUCGCUGGGGCGUGGCCGUGUUAGUCCGUCGCCGCAGCCGCAGCUGUCAGGGGAGCCUGGGUACGUGCGCGCGAGUUCUGUGCUGCGCGCGCAUGAGAGCGGGGAGGUGGUAAUAGUGGAGGGAGUGGUGGAGGUGGAUGAUGACCGAGCCCAAGGCCUUGAGGCCGUGAAGAGCAUUAGCGCACUGGCGGAUAUGGCAUCGGCGGAAGAGGAGAUUACGCCCCGACAGCGUUAGCAUUGUGCCGCCUAUGUGUGUGGGUAUGUGGAUUGGCACCUGCUCGUGCGACCAGGGCUAUGGCGCUGCAGGGGGAUGCGUCUUCAUGCGUGGGGGUGCUUCUUGUGUGUUGGGGUGCCUGUGAUAAGCAUUGUGCAGGGGCUACAGUCCCUAAUGUCUUUCAUAGUGUAGUAGUGAACCCAAGCGGCCGUAUGUUGCUGCGGCCAUUCAUAUUGUACCAAUGUUCAGCGGCCUUGCAUUUCUUCAUUUCUGCUGACGACAGCUUUUCCAAGUAGCGAACGGUUUCCAGGGGGUGUUUGGAGGGUUGUGAGCCCGUAUCGAGUUAAGUUUUGCGAAACAAAGUAAAGGAUGGUUAGAAUGCAGAGGUAAUGUACGGACUGCGCUUUACCUUCCAUGCGCUGUUAGGACCUGGUUGCGGUGCCAACACGCAUUCGGCAGCUGGUCCAAGGUUUAGGGCCCUGUCUACUUUAUGGGGGCGGUCCUCGCCGGCAAUAUCUUACGCAUGCUUUAGCUACGCCAACUUCUGAUAAUAGAUGACUGUGUUCGGGGAGAGGGCACCGUGUUUGUGUCCGUGUUUGACUAGUACGGCAAUCCAGCAAGCACGAAUGCUGGAUGUGCCAGCAUUAUGGUUGUUCAGGAACGACCCGUGGGUCGUGGCGUUAGUUUAUCGACGCCGUAAGCUACUCCAAGUGCGCCCAGGAAAUGCUGGGAGAUUAGAUUAUGGACGCAGGCCUUGUAGCGGUUGCAAGCAUAUAGAGAACGUUUGUCCAGGGCUUUCGUCCUCACAGCGCGCCGUGCGCAUAGGGUGCACACGUUUGUCCCCUUUGCGGGACCGGUUUCUAUGUACAACAGGCCUAACCAGACGUGUCUUACC